AUGAAGGUUCCGUGGUCAGCAGCCUUCGAGGAUGGGGAUGAGCGGGUGUUCCUGGAGGAGUUUGAGGAUGUGGCGGAGCUGGCCGGAAUACGGACGGAUCGCGACAAAUCGACGGCCCUCCGAGCGCUCCUCAAGGGUUGUGCGCGGGCAGUGUUGGACGCGGCACGAACAGGCCCGGAGAAAAUGGAGUGGGCCGCCGCGAAGGACCGCCAGAAGGCACUCCGUCGCUUCAAGACGGCGCAGCUCGGAGUCGGUGUGGACCCACUUUCGCAUGCCGUGGCCCUGCGUGGGCUAUUGGAUCGCGCACUACCGACAUUGGAUGAGAGUGCUCACUCAGAACUACUCCUUGACCGUUUCACAGAGAGCCUCCCGAAAGACAUACGCGGGAAGGCGAAACUCAUCAAUGUGGCACGUACCAUGGGCGUAAUGACGCUGGCCGAAGUUUUCUGUCAAGGUGGACGUUACCAUGGAUUCCGUUUGCUCUGUCAUGUCUUUCUCGUGUGGUCUAGCGGAAAAUUUUGUGGAGUCGCUGAGGAUAUUCUCUAG